UCGGGAAGCCAGCCCCAACGACGUCGCUUAUCCAUGCUAGAUUGAGGGUUUCAGCCUUAUUCUACAACUGAUCCGCAACCGUUCUCUUAUUUUUUUUUAUUUUUUUUUAUAUCUUAUGGCAUCGGACGGGUAAUGCACGCCUUGAUCCCGGAGGUGGAGGCUGGGAUACGCUGGUCUUGCGUUGGGCGCCUGCCCACAUUGAAAUCGAUCGAUCAAUCAAUCGAUCAAAUCAGCCGAUUCCAUUUGACGUCCACGGACGCAACACCUUACCCACCUCACUCAUUCCAUUCGAGUCGACCUGAGCUAAAAGGCCCCGGCUCCGGCUCCGGCCCCGAGCACAGGAGCACGCAGCGUCGCACGCGAUUCUGUCCCGGUUCUGGCUUCACGGCUACCACCGAGAUUUGAACCCACUCCGCACGCACGUUCGGUUGAGGGUUUGACGUGUAGACCACUGUGAACCCAGACUAAACCCAGCAUCAACUACGAUAAGUGGUCUGGUCAGUUGGUGCGCCGCAACCUGGCGUGCCGCGCUUCCUGUUGGCAAUCAACACUGCGACUUUUCGCUUUUGUUACUGUUCCCCCGUCACCUUUCUUUGUUUUUUUGGGUCCCCGAUCCAGCUACCGGACGGAGGUCACGGCGCCUUGUUGUCGCUUCCCCUUCUGUCAAUCGUCUCGCUGCCGUAUCCCAUUUCAUCCUGGGUCGCAACUUUACUCUUUGCUCGACAUUCACAAUGGCGGCACGUGCUCCUGGGCAGGAUGCCGCCAAGGAGGAGCCAUCGUGCUUCAACUGUGGUAUUAAAGGUCACUUUGCUAUAGCAUGUCCCGAAGAAGUUCGCAAAGAGCCUGCUGGUCUACAAGCAUUCCGUGAACGCAAAGCCGCAGCACAAUCAAAAGGUUCUCGGGGAGGUCCUGGGCAGGGCAAAGGGUCGGGAGGCACAGGCAUGAUCAUCACAAAAUACGCACCGCCGCCGCAUCCAUCACUACCACCACCGCCACCUGCUGCAGCUAUCUUAGGCUACUAUCCUCAACCAACACCGCCCCCGCAUGCUGCUCAUCCGGCUCAGUCGGCCGGCCCUCCGUCCUGGCAAUACCCUCCCAGCAACUACAGCCCAGCAUACCAAGCGCCGCCACCGCCGCCGCCUGCCCACCAUGCACAACCCCCUUAUGAACCGUACGUUCACCCAACAUACCCGCCAGCCACCCCUAAUGCCGGCCCGUACUACCCGCCACCUUACGGUGCCCCUCCCCCUCCUCCUCAGCCGCCGUACUACCCGGGACCACAACCAACCUACAACGCUCCCGUAUAUCAUCCCCCUGCUCAUCCAGCACCGGCGCCAGGAUUUCCAUAUCCGCCAGCAGCGCCUCCUGUUUCUGCUAGCCAGCCAUACCCGUACACCGCCCCACCACCUCCAUCAUAUCCUCCACACCCUUACGAUGCAGGUCAAGGUUACUAUCCACCCUCGUACCCCGACGAGAGAGGCCGGGGUAAUUCUUACCCUGGCGCACGUGGUAACGGCCAGUCGCGCAACCGCGGUGGCUCGAAUAACCGCGACCGUGAUCGUCAUCGAGAUCGUGAUAGAGAUAAAGAGAGGCACAAGGGACGAGAUCGAGAUCGCAAUUUUGGUCCCAAGAAUCAACGUAAGAGUGUACUGCAAAAGGCACAGACACUCCCCCAAUCAAGUGGAAAGUCCUCACCGCCGUCUGAACCACAAAAAGACAAGUUAGAAGGUAGUCCGACCACGCCAGCAAAGGCCACUGGAAAACCCAAGACCCCUGAAAGGGACCAAAGCCCCGGCAUUGAAGAUAUUUUGGGGUGCGACCUGGAGUCUGCGUUCACGGAGCUUCCGACCAAGCCGGCAGAUCCCGUCGGCCAGCCUCUUCCCAGCGAAUACACCGAUGCUCCUACGAUACCUCCAGCAUUUGAUGCCAAGUGCCUCAAAUCCGAGUUUUUCUCGACGGAUGACUGUGACUCGUUCAGCCGUUCCAUCCGUGAUUCCAAGUACUGGAAGAAUGCAAAGCAUGACCCUGUCUUCAAGGCAUGGGCCGGUAUGGUGUCCCGCCGCUUCGUCAACAGCAUUCACCUUUACCACAGCUACCGAACUUCCUCUGCUCCGAGCCCCGAUGAAAUUAUCGCCGAGGACGUCGUACUGGAUGAGAUAGUUGUCCAAUCAUCACCACCUCGCGUGUCCAGUCCAACAGCCUCAAACCCGAGACUACGUGGUGCAAGGCCUGAUGUCUUGGGCAAACAUGCAAGAUGUCCCACUGAUGAUGGGGAGAAACAGUCUUCUCUCAAACGAUUUAAAGGUAUAGCGAGCUUGCCCCAGCUGUCUGCUUUUCAGUCGCCUCCCGGUGUUAAAAGGCACCAACAACGAGGAGAAGGUGGUAGUCAUUUGUCUCAGGAUAGCAGAGACCACCGCAACACACACAAAGACUCGCCGCGGUCGAGAGAGUCGCCUUAUAACUCAAGAUCACGGCACGAUUCGGGUUAUCAAAGCAAUAACUCUCCGGACAAGUCGUAUGGAGAGCGUUUCCACGCCAACUCGAACGCGGCCCGUUACCACCGAGGACUAUCAAGAUCACGGGCCCAGUCCCAAUCUCGCUCUCGUUCUCGUUCUCGUUCUUCUUCGCGACAAAGAGGACGUGAAGCUUACAAGCAACGGAGUCUCUCCAAGAGCCCUUCUGGUCGACGUGGUCGUCAUGGGUCGCCGGGUUAUGCCAGGACACGGUCAAGUUCACCUCUAGAUGACUUUGAAAGAGAAAUUCUGGGUAUUGCACGGGAAGAGGCACCUGAGAAGAAGGCUGUCAAGCCAAAGCGGCGUCACGACAAAGUGGUCGAAGUCUUCAGUCGCCGCUGGUGA